CCAACGUCCACUUCCCAUCUUCACUUUCUCUACUCUCUCUGUUUCUCUCUGCUUGAUGAAGUGAAAUGCUUCUUUCACUUCCCCGCCUCUAUCCUUCUCCCCCUUCUAAAACCUUACAUAAACCCUCUUCUUCACUCUUUUCAAUUUCUAAAACCCUAAUCCUCCAAAACCCUCGGAACCCUCUCAAACCAUUUAUCAGGUGCUCUGCCACACCCGACUCCAAGACCCUCCCACACUCUGCCAUCAAGCGCAUUGCUGAUAAGCUCCGCUCUCUUGGCUUCACUGAACAUAACCCUAAAUUACCAGAAACCCUAAAUUCAGAGCUUGAGAGGGAGACAAAGCAAGUUGGAGAAAUCUUUAUUCCUUUGCCCAAUCAAUUGCCUAAGUACCGAGUCGGACAUACUCUUGACCCGAGCUGGAGCACGCCGGAGAACCCUGUUCCUAUACCUGGAGCGGGGAAAGCAAUUGCGAGGUAUCAUGAGCUGAGGAAAGAAGUGAAGAAAGAGAGAGAAGCGAAAAAAAGAGAGCCUAAAGUUCCGACAUUGGCGGUAUUGAGUUUACCGGCGGAGGAGCUGAGGAGGCUAAGGACAAUCGGGAUUGCAGAGAAGAGGAAGUUGAAGGUAGGAAAAGCGGGGAUUACAGAAGGGAUUGUUAAUGGGAUUCAUGAGAGGUGGAGAAGAGCAGAAGUUGUUAAGAUUGUUUGUGAGGAUUUGUGCCGGAUGAACAUGAAGAGGACUCACGAUAUGUUGGAGAGAAAAACUGGAGGUUUGGUUGUUUGGAGGUCUGGGAGUAAAAUAGUGUUAUAUAGGGGGGUUAAUUAUAAGUAUCCCUACUUCUCACCAAAUAAUAUUACAGCAAAUGAAACUUCUAGUGAUGCUGUGCAUGAUAACCAUGUGGAUUGUGAGGAUGAUAAAAUGGGGAGCUGCUCAUCUAGAGCUAAUAGUUUAAGGUCUUCUGGAUCAAGUGAAACCAAUAAGAUGGUUCGACCUACAUUAGUACAAGGUGUUGGUUCCCCAGAUAGAGUACGAUUUGAAUUGCCAGGUGAGGCACAACUUGCAGAAGAGAUUGACAGUUUGCUAGAUGGGCUAGGUCCACGCUUUACCGAUUGGUGGGGAUAUGAACCUCUACCAGUUGAUGCUGAUCUUCUUCCUGCUAUUGUUCCUGGAUAUCGGAAACCAUUCCGCCUACUUCCAUAUGGUGUCAUGCCUAAACUGACAGAUGAUGAAAUGACCGCAUUAAGAAGGCUAGGACGGCCCUUGCCUUGCCAUUUUGCAUUAGGUAGAAAUAGGAAACUUCAAGGAUUGGCUGCUUCGAUUGUCAAGCUUUGGGAAAAAUGUGAGAUCGCUAAAAUCGCAGUUAAGAGAGGAGUACAGAAUACUAAUAGUGAAAUGAUGGCUGAAGAGUUAAAGUGGCUGACAGGUGGAACUCUCCUGUCACGGGAUAGGGAAUUUAUUGUGUUGUACAGGGGAAAAGAUUUCCUACCAUCUGCUGUUUCUUCUGUGAUAAAAGAACGAAGAAAGUAUCUAAUUCAUGGGGAUAAACAGAGAAGACACCAAAGCAUAGCUGGUGAAACUUUAAAGGAGGCAGAGGACAUCAAAAUUGAGACUAUAAGUUCUGGAUCUAAUGAUGAAUUUAAUAGCGACAAUGAGCAGAGUUCUGAUCUCCUUAAAGAUAAGAAGCUGAGGUCCUUGGAGGCAGCCAUAAAAAGAACCAGCAUCAGAUUGUCUAUGGCACUAGAAAAUAAAGCAAAAGCAGAAAAACUCCUAGCUGAGCUGGAGAAUUUGGAGAUGCCUCAACAACCAGCAAUAGAUAAAGAGGGUAUAACUGAAGAAGAAAGAUAUAUGCUAAGGAAGAUUGGCUUGAAAAUGAAGCCAUUCUUAUUAUUGGGUAGGCGGGGAGUUUUUGAUGGAACAAUUGAAAACAUGCACCUCCAUUGGAAGUAUAGGGAACUUGUGAAGAUAAUAUGUAAAGAGAGAAGCUUAGAAGCUGCUUAUGAAGUGGCAAGGACCUUAGAAGUGGAAAGUGGUGGAAUAUUAGUUGCAGUUGAAAGAGUCAGCAAGGGUUAUGCAAUUGUUGUAUAUCGUGGAAAGAAUUAUCGGAGGCCUGCUCGUUUGAGGCCUCCAACACUCUUGAGUAAGAGGGAGGCAUUGAAGCGCUCUUUAGAGGCCCAACGUCGAGAGUCAUUGAAGCUUCAUGUUUUGAAGCUUACUAGAAAUGUAAAUGACUUGAAACUUAAAUUGGCCAAAGACGAGGAAGCACAUAGCAAGCAUUCAUUUGAUGAAGUUAAAGAAGAUAUGAACAUGAUGGAAUCGGGAACCCAUGUGAGAUCAUAUCCAGUCAUUCCUGCUCACUGUAAAGGGGAUAUAGAGCUAAGCAGUUUACAACCAAGAUGCUUGAAAGGGAAAAAAAUGCACUUAACUAGAGACGACGAUGAAGCUGAUUCAAACUCCAACUCCAACUCCAAUGAUGAUGGCAAAAACAUACGACCUGCACAAUGGGCUGAUCAAACUGAUCCUUCUUUGCUCUUUAGUGUGAACGCGAUGGGGAAAAGUGAAUCUAAGUCUUCAAUGGAAUCAGUUGGCCUGGAAGCCCAUGAGAGUCUAUUUGCUACUAUGAAUGAUGGAGCUGUCGACUCAACUUCUUUCCCAGUUAACUUUGAGGUGAUAACUAGGAUCCCUUCUAUGUGUUUUAUAUUGCAUUCUUCUUAUAUAUAUGUGAACGCGAUGGGGAAAAGUGAAUCUAAGUCUUCAAUGGAAUCAGUUGGCCUGGAAGCCCAUGAGAGUCUAUUUGCUACUAUGAAUGAUGGAGCUGUCGACUCAACUUCUUUCCCAGUUAACUUUGAGACUAGAGACGACGAUGAAGCUGAUUCAAACUCCAACUCCAACUCCAAUGAUGAUGGCAAAAACAUACGACCUGCACAAUGGGCUGAUCAAACUGAUCCUUCUUUGCUCUUUAGUGUGAACGCGAUGGGGAAAAGUGAAUCUAAGUCUUCAAUGGAAUCAGUUGGCCUGGAAGCCCAUGAGAGUCUAUUUGCUACUAUGAAUGAUGGAGCUGUCGACUCAACUUCUUUCCCAGUUAACUUUGAGACUAAAGAUAACCAUAAAGGUGAUUCAAACUCCAUUGCAAAUGAUGACGGCGACGGCAUACAACCUGCUGAACAGGCUAAUCAAACUGAUCCUUCUUUGCUCUUUGAUGUGAAUGGGAUCGGGAAAAGUGAACCUCAGUCCUCAGUGGAAUCAGUUAGCAUUGAAGCCUGUGAUAGUCUAUUUAUAAAUGAUGGAGCUGUCAAGUCAACUUCUUUCCCCGUUAAUUUUACGGGAUAUCAGUUAGAGAAAAGGAGGUCGGCGCCGCUUGCUAAUGCUGAGCAUUGUAUGCCUGGCAAUGAGAUGAUUAGGUCAAAAGUUGAAUCAACAAGUGAGGUGGAAGAAUCGGUUUCAAUUUCAGUGGAAAAGGAGACGCCUCCCAAGGUUAUCCAUCUUUCUAAUAGAGACAGGCUUAUGCUACGAAAGCAAGCCCUCAAGAUGAAGAACCGCCCAGUGCUUGCAGUAGGGAGAAGCAACAUUGUCACUGGUGUUGCAAAAACAAUCAAAGCUCACUUUCAAAAGUAUCCUCUUGCUAUAGUAAAUGUUAAAGGCAGAGCCAAAGGGACGUCAGUCCAGGAAGUGAUUUUCCAGCUGGAGCAAGCAACAGGUGGAGUUUUAGUCUCCCAGGAGCCUAGCAAAGUAAUACUUUAUCGUGGCUGGGGAGCAUUUGAUGAACCUAACCACAAAUUUAAGUAUAAUGCCCAAAAUACAGGGAGUCCAUCAGUAGGUGGAGGCAGGUCUCAUCAUGCUGUCUCACCUGAGCUGAUGGCAGCAAUCAGACUUGAAUGUGGUCUGAGUGAAACCAAGAGUGAUGGCAAAAUCCAAGCUGAAAUUUGAGGUUGUCUUAAAGGAGAGCGCCUUUAUCUCAGAUCCAUGAUAAUUCAGCUACGUUGACACAUGAAAUAAACAGUCGGUAGUAGGAUCUUACAUGCAUUGUCAUAACGUAGAUGAUAUGUAUGUUCAGUUCAUCUGAUGCCUUCUAUCAAACAAGAGAGAGUGGUGUCUUGGAGAAGUCAGCUAGUGCAGCUGCGAUGUGUUCAGAUUGCUCCGUUUUGUGCAAAAUCGUUAACGGUGAGAAGUCCCUUUUCUUUUUGUUAUUUUUGGUCUACUUGUAAAUACAACAAUAAUUGAUACAUAUGCACAUAACCAAAUAAAAGUUCAGGUUGAAACCCUCAACUUUGCAACCUUAAAGUUUUAUUUGUUUACGUUGAGCCUUUUGAACUAUUUUUUAAAAUGACAUUGAGAAUUGAUUUAA